CAAGAAUGUGAUACAGCCUCGACGGCCGCCAUUUUCUUUCUUUCUUAGCAGUUGGCUGAGGGAACAUCUCUGCGAAGAAGCGGCAGCGGCCUCUGUAGCCUAGACAUGGCAGACUACUCAACAGUGCCUCCACCUUCCUCUGGCUCAGCUGGUGGUGGAGGCGGCGGCGGUGGUGGUGGAGGAGUUAACGAUGCUUUCAAAGAUGCGCUGCAGAGAGCACGGCAGAUUGCAGCAAAAAUUGGAGGUGAUGCUGGUACAUCACUGAAUUCAAAUGACUAUGGUUAUGGGGGACAAAAAAGACCUUUGGAAGACGGAGAUGGCUCUUGGACAAGUCCGAGCAGUACAACACACUGGGAGGGAAUGCCCUCUCCUUUUAAAGAUCAACCAGAUGCUAAGAAAGUUGCUCCUCAAAAUGACUCUUUUGGAACACAGUUACCACCGAUGCAUCAGCAGCAAAGCAGGUCUGUAAUGACAGAAGAAUACAAAGUUCCAGAUGGAAUGGUUGGAUUUAUAAUUGGCAGAGGAGGUGAACAGAUCUCACGCAUACAACAAGAAUCUGGAUGCAAAAUACAGAUAGCUCCUGACAGUGGUGGCCUUCCAGAAAGGUCUUGUAUGUUAACUGGAACACCUGAAUCUGUCCAAUCGGCAAAACGGUUACUGGACCAGAUUGUAGAAAAGGGAAGACCAGCCCCUGGCUUCCACCAUGGUGAUGGACCAGGAAAUGCAGUUCAAGAAAUCAUGAUUCCAGCUAGCAAAGCAGGAUUAGUUAUUGGAAAGGGGGGAGAAACUAUUAAACAACUUCAGGAGCGGGCUGGAGUUAAAAUGGUUAUGAUUCAAGAUGGACCUCAGAACACUGGUGCUGACAAACCUCUUAGGAUUACAGGAGACCCAUACAAAGUUCAACAAGCCAAGGAAAUGGUGUUAGAGUUAAUUCGUGAUCAAGGUGGUUUCAGAGAAGUUCGAAAUGAGUAUGGGUCAAGAAUAGGUGGAAAUGAAGGGAUAGAUGUCCCCAUUCCAAGAUUUGCUGUUGGCAUUGUAAUAGGAAGAAAUGGAGAGAUGAUUAAAAAAAUACAAAAUGAUGCUGGUGUUCGAAUUCAGUUUAAGCCAGAUGAUGGAACAACACCUGAUAGAAUAGCACAAAUAACAGGACCUCCAGACCGAUGUCAACACGCGGCAGAAAUUAUUACAGACCUCCUUCGAAGUGUUCAGGCUGGUAAUCCUGGUGGACCUGGACCUGGUGGCCGAGGAAGAGGUAGAGGUCAAGGCAACUGGAACAUGGGACCACCUGGUGGACUACAGGAAUUUAAUUUCAUUGUACCAACAGGGAAAACUGGAUUAAUAAUAGGAAAAGGAGGUGAAACCAUAAAAAGCAUAAGCCAACAGUCUGGUGCAAGAAUAGAACUUCAGAGAAAUCCUCCACCUAAUGCAGAUCCUAAUAUGAAAUUAUUUACAAUCCGUGGCACUCCACAGCAAAUAGACUAUGCACGGCAACUUAUAGAAGAAAAGAUUGGUGGCCCAGUAAAUCCUUUAGGGCCACCUGUACCCCAUGGGCCCCAUGGUGUCCCAGGCCCCCAUGGGCCUCCUGGGCCUCCAGGGCCUGGAACUCCAAUGGGACCAUACAACCCUGCACCUUACAAUCCAGGACCACCUGGCCCUGCUCCUCAUGGACCUCCAGCUCCUUAUGCCCCCCAGGGGUGGGGAAAUGCAUAUCCACACUGGCAGCAGCAGGCCCCUCCUGAUCCAGCUAAGGCAGGAACAGAUCCAAAUUCAGCAGCUUGGGCUGCCUACUAUGCUCACUAUUAUCAACAGCAAGCACAGCCACCACCUGCAGCUCCUGCCGGUGCACCAACUACAACCCAAACCAAUGGACAAGGUAACUAUGGAGAUCAGCAGAAUCCAGCUCCAGCUGGACAGGUUGAUUAUACUAAGGCCUGGGAAGAGUAUUACAAGAAAAUGGGUCAACAAGGGCAGACACAAGAUUAUUCAAAAGCUUGGGAGGAAUAUUACAAGAAGCAAGGUCAAGCGGUUCCUGCUCCUACUGGUGCUCCACCAGGUGGUCAGCCAGAUUAUAGUGCAGCCUGGGCUGAGUACUAUAGACAACAAGCAGCCUACUAUGCCCAGACAAGUCCCCAGGGAAUGCCACAGCAUCCUCCAGCACCUCAGUGCCUUCCCAGACCUUCCACCUUAGGUUCUGCUGCAAAAAGCAACAGUGCUGAAGAUGCUGCAAGCACCAAAUCAUAGCUCAUAAAAUCAGGUCCUGAGAUAGUUACCCAUAAAGAGGAAUCCUUUGAGUGUAUGCCAUUGGUGAGCCGAUGAGCAUGGACCAUAGAAGGGCUCAAUGUAGAAGAAACUACCCGUGUGUAAAAAGAAGAUUGGCUUAAAAUGGCUACUGUGAUGGGAACAGUGUCUUAGGGAGAUGCAGCUUGGACUUGAGGUAAAUUGAAUACUUUACAAACUGUGGUUUAGAGUUUGCUUUAAUGACAUUGUAUGUAAAAGGGCACGAUUGCUGUAAUUUUGUAUUGAUUAUGGUUUCCUCAAUAAAAAAAUAAUAAAUGUACAUUGAUGAAU